AUGGUGGAGGAGUUAGGAAAGGAGAAGAAACGAAAGGGUCUUCGAUUGGUGUCUCGCAAAUCAUCUAGGAAAAUGCUAGGUAAAUGGAAAAAGCUCGAUGACUCUGAUAGGUGUGAAAGGCAAGAUUCGUUGCAGGAAGCUGAGCCAUUCCGUCAGGUGCUGGGCGUGCCUCUCGAGACCGCCGUGGAUUUGGAUCCCUCCUUGGAUGGAGUGCCUGUACCGGCUUUCUUUCGUCAUUCACUUGACUACGUUGAAAGUCAUGGUUUAAUGCUGGAGGGUAUCUACCGAGUGUCCUGCCCAAAAACGCGGCUCGACGAACUUGAAAAAAAAGUCAAUGAAGGUGCUUCGUUGAAUUUCGUGGAUGCACAUGAGGCGGCUGGCCUUAUUAAGAGGUUUUUGCGGCAACUUCCUGAGCCACUUCUGUCAUGUGACUUUGAAAUGACGGUGAAGGAAUGCGCAUGUGAUUGGAGGAAUGCCUGUCAGUGUACGACUAGUGAUAAGAUGAAGAAAAUGUUGCGACACAUUGCACCUUCGCAGUUUCAUAUUCUCGGUUAUUUGUUUUUGCACAUACGGAACGUCAUUGAAAUGGUAGGUCCAGGGUAG